GAGUAAGACUACACGCUAGGUUAAGCACUAAAUUGGGUAACUGUCCAGUGACAGCGGAUAAACACCUGCUCGUUCAGAUCAUCCUGAGCCGGAGUUGACGGGAACUUGCUUUAAUACGACAAACAUUUGGACCUGUACUGAAUCCAAGACGGGGGAUUUGGACUUAACAUGUCAGCCCUGAAAGAGAAGACCAAAGAAUAUCUGACUGUGAAGGAUCUGGAGAAGGUUUUGGACUCAUGCAAACUACAUCUCAAUGAAAUCGACGAGGUCUGGCCAAAGAUAUAUAUAGGGAAUGUGGCAGUAGCCCAAAACAAGGCUGCCUUGGUGAAAUUAGGUAUAACUCAUAUAUUAAACGCUGCACACUCCAAGCGAGGCAGCAUAGGGAACCAAAGCUUUUAUGGCAGCGGCUUUGUGUAUUGUGGCAUUCCAGCAGAUGACUCGACACACUUUGAUCUGGAUGUUUACUUCCAGUCUGCAGCUGAUUUCAUUCAUAGAGCUCUGAAGUCACCUGAUGGGAAAGUUCUGGUGCACUGCAUCAUGGGAAUGAGCCGAUCAUCGACCUUGGUGUUAGCGUACCUCAUGAUCUACCGUCACCUACCGCUCAAACGGGCUUUGCAGAAAUUGACCAAGAAGAGAGCCAUCUACCCCAACAGGAAUUUCCUGGCUUUGCUGUUGGAUCUGGAUCUUCAGCUGACCAGAAAAAAGCAAACCUGUCAGAUCCUGUAAUCAAGAGACGUUUACACUUUUUAGCCACACAGCAGCGUUAUUGCUAGUGAUGGUGAUGCCAGUCUGUCUGUUGGUCCAAUAGUCCAGACAUGAAAUAUUUGUAAAGCUUAUGGGUCGUCAUGAAAUUUGGUUCAACUAAUGACUGACUUCAGACUCAGUUGUACUUUUACCAUAAAGUAGGAUUAUCACGUUAGCAUUUUGAAGGUUAAGGAAAAAGAACAUGGUAUUGUAAUGUAUGUUAGAUUGUGACAGCAUGUUAACAUUCAGUAAGCUUGUUGUUUGCAUGCAUGGAAGCACAUGUUAGCAUUCAGCUCACUGCACAGCUGAGUGAAGUAACCUACAGUUGAGUCUGACAAAGUAUGUCGAAAGUUGCGCCAAAUCUGACAACAUAGAGCAGCUGAGCCUAACAGGAUCGAAGAAUGACUUGCAUUGCUACCAUGGUAACAUAUUUUGUUUUUAUUAUUAAAUAUGUUUUUGGGGGAAGUAAUAUUAAAAACUAAAAAUGGCUUAACUAAAAGACAGCUUGGUUGUAGAACAAAUGAAAACAUAAUAUAAAAUUAAGUGAAAACAGAGAUAAUACUGAACAAUGAAGGCUGAUUAUAAGGAGAUUUUAAGACUACUGAUGUCUUCAGUUAUGUACUUCUCAUUCUUGUUUGUUGUUUUUUUCUUCAGCACCUCACUUUGUAUUACAGCAGAAUGGACCAAAUGUCUUACGGAAAACGUUUUACAAAGUAUCAUUAUUAUUUUUUGGUAAACUCUGUAGAUGUCUCAGAAAAGAUAGAAUGUCAACAUCCAAACUCAGCAUCUGUCUCUUUAACGAGACCAACCCAUCAGUGUUAAUAGUGUGAAAUUACUUUGUGUAAUCAUCGAGCUGAUCUCCACUGCACAUUGCAAGGUUUCAAGUCUUUUGAUUGUCAUCUGUAGAAUCAUUAGGAACAUCAGACACAAAAAGGUUCAGACAUACAUCUACUAUACAGUAAAGUUUGACAGCAAUGAGUCCUGCCUGUUAUAAAUCGUUAUUGCUCAGCCUCACGCACGCACGUACACAAACACAUGUGGGUGUCUUCAUCGUUAUCAACAUUAAAGUAAACAAUUCAUUGGGAAUAACACCUCCAAAUAUUAUGAAAGACAAACUGCAGUAUAUGGAAAAACUACACUGAAUUACAUGGCAUUGGUUUUCAUUGCUGGAGUCAGUUCACUUUCAAUGUGAAGGUUUCUUCUAUGGAUAUUUUAUUUGUGCGAGUAAAAAAUGUAAAAUAAA